AUGGUGCUAAGUUAUGAUGAUAAAUUUUAUUCAGAAGAUGAACCAAUGGAAGUUAAUAAUACUGUCAUUAAUGAAUCUGAUAAUUCAAAUAUCACAACGAAUAAUGAAGUUGUAUUAAAUGAUGAAACAAACUCAUUUUCAACUACUCAAUUUGAUUUUAAUUCUGCUGAGUGGGAUUACUUAAGAAUUGCACAGCAUUCAGUACAUAAUCAAACUAUGGAUAAUAAUGGUAUUGAAAUUUCACCAUCAAUUUCAAAUCAUACCUUACAAAGUUUAAGACCAACUUUUUCAUCAGAAUAUGAUACUGAUAAUACAGAUUUUUUAGGUUUAGUCGAAAGUACUAAUCAAAGUAAUAUAAAUUUAUCAACAAAUUCAAAUUCAAAUAUUUUUUGUGAAAAUAAUAUAACAAAUAAUCAGCAUUUAAUUGAUAACCUAAAGGCAAAUCAUGAAUUUACUUUUCAACAUAGUUUGGAUGCAAAUUAUUGGGAUUAUAUGUUGGAAAAGGAAAAUUUAUUACAUGAUGAAUUUGAAUUAAAUCAAUUUAAUAAUGCAAAUAAUAACAAAAGUUCCACAAAUAUUGGUACUAAAAAUAGUGACAAUAAAAUAAAUUAUAAUGAAGAUGAAACAAAUAAUACGCAGGAACAAAGUUUAAGUGACAAUAUUAAUUCUGAAAAUAAUGAACAUCAAGAAAUUGAUAACAAAGAUAGCGAUUUAGAUGUACCGAGUAUUAGAUCAACUUCAACUUCCUUUUUAUCUGAUCAUGAGAAAAAUAUAUGCAACAUUACAAAUUUGAAUGACGACAUACCGCAAUACAAACCAAUAUAUGAAAGGUAUGAAAAUGAAGCACUUGAUGAAGAAAUGGAGGAAAAUGAACGACUAUAUCAUCCAAACCUUCAAACAGAUCCAAUUGAAAAAACUAUUGAUCAGCAAAUAUAUCAAUUUCUGGAAAGGAAGCUGAGCAUUCACAACAAUAUAUAUGGUGCAAGUUCGUUAUCACUGUUAAUGCUGGAAAUGUCACCUGACUCACCAAGUCAAAACCAUUUUAAUCUUGACGAAAUCACAACGUAUAAUAAUAAUUUUGUAAAUUCACCAAUUUAUGAAUGGCCAGAUGAUGAAACUACAGGGACUUUAAACCUGUAUAAUCGAAUAAAAAUUCAAUUAAAAAACCUUGAACCUAAAAUUAUAAGUGAUGCAGUAUUAAAAACAAUAAGAGAAGAAUUUAUAAUUCAAGAUUUAUUUUUAAAUGGUGAAUCACCGCCGACUCCAGAAAUUCCCAAACUGAUUAGAAAAAAACUGGAUAGAGAUGUUGAAUGGACUCCAUUGUCUGUUUAUAAAGCUUACACAAAUAUUAAAUCCCCAACUAAUGGUAAAGAUUCUUACAAUAGAUUAGUACCUUAUACUUCAUGUAUUGGAACUUUAAAUUAUAGACCAAAAGAUCAUGCAGCUUGGAAAAGGUCACCAAAUCGAAGAUGA